CGCCAAGAUGGCGGCGGGCAGCGGCGGCGCGCUGCGCCUGCGGCUGCUCUUCGACUACCCGCCGCCGGGCAGCCCGGGCUGCGCGCUCUGCUGGCUGCUGCUGGAGCCCGCCCAGGUGCGCCUCGUCACCGACCUGCUCAGCCUCAUCCGCCAGCGCUUCGGCUUCAGCCGCCGCGCCCGCCUCAGCCUCUUCCUGGAGGGGGCGCUGCUGCCGCCCGCCGAGAGCGCGCGCCUCGUGCGCGACAACGACUCGCUGCGGGUGAAGCUGGACGACGUGGAGAGCGACGAGGAGCGCGGGCGGCGGCGGCGCAAGAGGAGCGAGGAGCGCGAGGCCGCCGCGAGCGACGGGGAGACCCCCAGGAAGCGCAAGAGGAGGAAGAGGAAGGAGGAGAGCGGUGCGCAGGAGGGGCCGGCGGCCGGCGAGGAGGGCAGCGGCGCGGGCCGCAUCCGCAGGGCGAAGCGAGCGGCGUCGAAGCGCACGGAGGGGACGCGCGCGCCGGCCAAGGCGGCCUCGGCGCGGGAGCAGGAUGGGAAAAGCGGCGCCAAGGGAUCGGCGAGGAGCGGGGCGCCGGGAGCGGCCCCUUCCGAGCCCUCCAGCACCUCCUCUAGCAGCGACAGCAGCGAAGGAAACGCCAGGCAGAACAAAUCCUCGCACAAACCCGCGGCGGCCACGACGCUGCCCAAGAACGCGUCCCCGGCUGCUGCAAAUUCCAGCGUGAAAACGGGCGUUUCUAGUAAAGUGACUGUAAAGUCUAAAGCUGCACAGUCUAAGACUGCAGUUAGUAAAAAAACUAACCAGGCCCAGUCCUCUAGCUCUGACUCUGACUCAAGUGCAGAGGAGGGCAAAGCAGCAACGGCCCAAAACAGUGCCACACAGAAAAAGCUGCUGCCUAAUAACACAGCCCCUGUAAAAACCAGCACCCCAAAAGCCCCCAACACAAAGACCUCCUCUUCCGAGUCUGACAGUUCAGAUUCAGAAACACUCGUUACUAAAAAGCCCAAAGCAAAUGCUGGACUGAGUAAUUCCCUAGUAAGAAAUGGUGAUAAACAGUCCCCAGCCGGUGUUCCAGGAGCACUGCCCAGCCCUGUCCUUGGAAGGGGGCGAGGAACUGGCGAUGGGAACUUCUGGAAAGGAUCGAGGGGUCGUGGCUUCCAAGGGGCGGCAAGGGGCCGCGGCCGAGGAGAAAACCAGGGCUUCUUCUAUAACUAUGACAGUGAAGGCCAGAAACAGAGACAGAUAAAUGAGCCAGUGACAAACACUUCCAUCGUUGUGCAGAAUCCAGUGGAGGUCCCCAAGAGAAACUAUAGUGUAUUACCUCUUCUAGCAGCUCCACCACAAGUGGGAGAAAGAAUUGCCUUCAAGCGCUUGGAACUAAAUGAUAAUUACAGUCCUGAAGUUUCAGACUAUAAGGAGGGGAAAAUAAUCAGUUGGAACGCUGAUAAAAAACAGAUAGAGCUUGAGAUUCUGUCAUCACCCGCAGUGGCUAAAGAGCCAGGGAAAUUCGACCUGGUGUAUCAAUCUGCAGAUGGAGCCGAGCUGAUAGAGUAUGCUGUUCCUCAGGAUACAAAGAUAACUGAAAAUUGGGAUGCAUUGAUAGAGCCCAGACUGAUUGUUGAGCCUUCAGUUAAUGGUUCGAACCUUGAAAAUGGAAGGAUCUAAAAUAAGGACAAAUGUCAAUAACUUAAUGGACUGUUUUGUGAAGUACUAUGUGCUAUGAAGACAGCAGAUCCACUGGUGGAUAUUUUUAAUAAAUGUUUUUUAAAUGAAAGUAUGCCAAAAGAA